GGCGGAGGGCGGCCGGGUCCUCUGGCUGCCUGGACGGGGCCUGCCGCUCUUCUAGGCGACCCAGGGACACGCGGCGAUCCCGGUUCACCGUUGCGGUGCGAGGGAGGCGGGUGUGCGGUGCGCAGCGCCGGGCACCGCGGGCCGCGCUGGCUGCGACGGCUGCCGCCCUUCCCCGGAGGUUGCGGCCGCUGCUCCCAUCGUUGGCUUGGAGCUCGGGUCCUGUUUGGGCUGCUCCAGGUGGCAGCCCGUGUUAGCCAGGCCACCGAAACACCACGGUGGGCAUCCGAUGGGAAGGUGCACCCCUAGCCUCUUCUGCAGUUCCCUUUUUCUGGGCCGUCGUUGGCCGUGGACCACAUCGAAUCGAAAGCAGAAGGACGGGAGCUGGAAGGCAGACGGCACCGGGGAGCAAGGCGAUACGGUCCGCAUUUAUUUCUGCCAGUCGGGAUGCAGUUGCUGCUGCCGUAACAUUCAUUAAUUAGAAAUUAAAUACAACAUUGGCACAAAGUAUUCACUAGGAAAACAAAUCCACGUGGAUGACAUCUUCGGGGCUUUACGAGCCUGCACCUAGCUAAACCCUCAGCAUCGGCAUCAGCAGCUUCAGAGGUGCGGGCCGAUGACAAGUGACAUGUCCCUGUGAGCUCUUCCUUUCCUUCUGCUGCAAAAUUUUGCCAAAUUGCUGGCGUCCGUAUACAAAUUGUUCGACUUUCAGGGUUUGCAUUUCGGAGGGCACGACCCAAGGGGCAGGAAUAUUUCAUAAGUGCUUCUGCUCCGUGAAGCAUUUGAAAAAUCCCGUAGCCUACGCAGUGCCCGGGUGAAACGCCGUGGCUGUCCCGGGGGAGUCCGCAGCAGAGAUAAGCCCUGUUCCUUCCUACCACAACAGGAAGCGGGGAAACAAUUUGCUUUAGGCAGCGGUGCGUUUUGCCAUUUCUUAGGUAAUUUGUUUGAGGACUCGAAGUUAUCUGUGCCAAGCGAUUUGUCUUGGCAGCGGAGCGUGCUGUGGGCUGCGGUCCCAAGGCGCAGGACUCCCAGCAGAGUCUGAGUCCCGCCAUGCCCGGCAGUGCUUUUAGCAUGGCAAAAAACAACACUGGGUUUAUUAAAGCAACUCUGCCUAAGAUGUGAUAUAUGCAUCUUGUGGAGGAAAACAUUUGACUGAUUUAUUUUUUUUAAGUUUAGGAGGAAAUGAGAAACCUGCAACCGAGAGUGCUAAAAUACAGAUAGAAAGCAAGCUGAAUUUAAGACUUUCCCGUUAGCCUAAAUUUGCUGAUUUGCCCUUAAGCAUCUGCAAUAUUGGCCAUUAAACUCUCUGUUGCAUUUCAAACAGCACUGCCUCUUAUAAAUCCUUCGGCCUGACAAACGAACAUGGUGCUGAUAGGACUCUCCCCUGUCGGAAGAAAUGGCUUCGAAAUCAAGGUUACAGAUGUGCUAAAUCUGGGGGUAGCUCUCAGGUCCAAGCUGGUUCUGAAGAUUUUUGCCCUGCCGUGCGAACUAGCCAGUCCUCCCAGCAGUGCGUGAGCACAAAGCAAAGCCAAAAAGAAAGGAAAAUGCACAGCCUCUCCUCCUCUGCGACCUGCAAAGCGGAACUGGGUUUUCCGAGCGACAUAACGGCAAAUGACGGCAGGACUCGCAUGCGCGGCACGACGUCCAGCCCUGCCUCAGCCUGGAGAAAGCUCGGGUCUGGGAGAGACCGUCUUGGUUUCAGCCGAUAUUUAGGUUACCUGCCAUUAUGUGGCUAUUAAAAAAUAAUAAUAAUCCAAGGAGCUGCUUUGUCCGUGCACCUUUGCUCCGCGCGUUGGCGCCCGGAGGAGCAGUCGCUGUUCGCCGGGUUUGGAGGCUGCAGCAGUAAGUCAGGCACCAUCCAGUGGGCAAACGCACUCGUUACACGGUGGGAACAGAUCCCAAAACGUCGAUUCCGCCGAACUGAUUGCAAAACCGCAGCCGAGCGAGAGGCUCUUACUGCCAAAGCACGAGCGGGAACUGCCGCAGCACAUAACAGCACGGCCAGGGCAACACGCACAGUCCUGUCGAGCCGAUACUUCCAAAAAAACCCCGCAGAACCUAACGUUUUUUGUAACUCCGGAGUAUUAUAUGUCAGCCAACCUGCAAAAAAAUUUUCAUCAAGAGUUCAGUUCGUUAUAACCAGCCACGACGCACCCCACAAGCAUGUCCGUGAGAAAAUGGCUUUCCUUCACUUUUUUUAACCUCUGGAUAAAUGAUACAUAUUCGUUAUAUUAAGCUAAACCGCGCAGGGAAAGGGAGGCUUUAGAAAAAGAUCAGGUCUUCGGGUGUGACUUUGCCUCAUUUAUACACCCUGAUUUAAACGAAUCGCGUGGCCUCCACAGGCAGGUUGCCGUUGGACUAACUGGUUUCUCGUCGCGCAUGAAACCUACCUGCCCGUCGGGACAGAGAGGACACGUGGCGGCUGAGAGCAAGAGCAAGCUCUCCCGCAGUCCCCGAGAUCUCAGCACAGAAGGGGAAGGAAAUGCAAAAAAUUAGAAAAGCGCAUAAACACAUAGCCGGGAGACUUAUGGAGCAAAAACUGACACUCUUUAACCGUAUCGCUGGAAUAAUAAUACGAACAGGGUUUAAACCGAGCCCUGUUGCGUUGCAUCGAUACAAAUAGGGGAAGUUCUCACUGUCCCCGUUGGGGAAUUGCCUCCUCGCUCUGCACCACCUGGUUACACCAGAUAUGACUAUCUGCAUAUCCUAGUAUAGCCUAAAGGAAGGACAUGAUGUCAGAAUAACAUACAAAACAUUUGUGAGGGCAAGUCCAGAAAACCAUGCAGUCAUCAGGGCACAGAUUCCGUGAUGUUGAGCACCACCCGCUUCUUGCUGAAAAUGACAGCUACGAUUCCUCCUCCUCAGAGGCCGACAUGGCAGAAAGGGUUUGGUUCAUCCGAGAUGGCUGUGGUAUGGUCUGUGCUAUAAUGACAUGGCUUCUGGUUGUCUAUGCAGACUUCGUAGUGACUUUUGUCAUGUUGCUGCCUUCCAAAGACUUUUGGUACUCUGUGAUCAACGGGGUUCUCUUUAACUGCUUGGCAGUGCUAGCUUUGUCAUCUCAUCUGAGAACUAUGCUAACUGAUCCAGGGGCUGUACCCAAAGGAAAUGCCACUAAAGAAUACAUGGAUAAUUUGCAACUGAAACCAGGAGAAGUGAUCUACAAAUGUCCAAAGUGCUGUAGUAUCAAACCUGAACGUGCACACCAUUGCAGUAUUUGCAAGCGAUGUAUUCGAAAGAUGGAUCACCACUGCCCAUGGGUGAAUAAUUGCGUGGGUGAGAAAAAUCAGAGAUUCUUUGUUCUGUUUACGAUGUAUAUAGCCCUAAUUUCAGCUCAUGCGCUCAUACUGUGUGGGUUUCAGUUUUUCUCCUGUGUCCGAGGGCAGUGGACUGAAUGCAGUGACUUCUCCCCACCUGUAACUGUGAUCCUGAUGAUCUUCUUGUGCCUUGAGGGUUUUCUGUUUCUCACUUUCACUGCAGUCAUGUUUGGCACCCAAAUUCACUCAAUAUGCAAUGAUGAAACGGAGAUUGAAAGACUGAAGAGUGAAAAGCCAACGUGGGAGAGGAGACUACGUUGGGAAGGAAUGAAGUCUGUUUUCGGGGGCCAGCCUUCGCUCCUGUGGAUCAAUCCUUUUGCAGGAUUUCGAAUCAGGCGACUUCUACUGAGAGCAAAGAAAGGAGGACCUGAGUUUUCUGUUUGAGUUUAACUAUGCUGGAACUUGCAAGAAUACUAUAUAAUAUUUAUUUGGGGCCAGAAAGGCUGUCUACAUAUAAUCUGUGACCAGGUGAAGCUGAUACCAGACAUUUGCUUGUAGCAAGCAGAGUUUUAUACGUUUGUCACAGACAUCUCAUUAACUUUCAGAGACACAAACUGGAUCUGUAAUGGUCUUAACAACAAGAUGACAAAGAAAAAGCACGUGGUCACACUAAAGAAGCCAAAUGUUGUCAUGCUACUGUAAUUUAUUUUAUGAGAUUAAUUAUGCAUUUUUGUUAAACCCUUUUUAUUUGGUAAAUGUUUGGGGACUUACCUGUGUGUUUUUAUAAAAAUUAUGUACUUAGGUGCAGUUGUCAAUCAUAAGGAAGAGAGUUAUAAUGAAAGUUGAUCUCAAAUGAGACCCAGCCUGCUAAAUCCAGUUUUCAGGGAAUAAUGGUUUGUUCAAUUUUAAUUUAUAUUUCAACUUGUCCUAAUAAACAGAGCUGUACUCUUGUGUCCCACUUCAGACACACAUUCCUCAUAUGCAAAUGAUUUAAGGGACUUGUGCACAUGGCAGCAUAACACGUCAGAGGCACUGUUACACCCCUGCCAAAUGUCUUCCCAGGCUCACAAAAGCAUGUCUCGUGUUUGGCAGUACUAAUCUCGUAUGGCAUUUAGGUAAGUUCUAAAGGUUCAGUAAACAAUACUUUUAACUUACAACAGUGGGCCAAAUUCUGCCCUCAGAUAUGUGUCUCCAAUUCUUAGUGCAUUGAUUCUAAUGGAACUUACGCUUAGGGGUCUGAGCAUGGUAUCUAGUCCUCUGUGCAGGAAUAAAUGGGACCAGUGACUGUAUCCUCACGUGUGGGAUUAAAAUGAAUGUACUGCAAACUGGAGUUAAUUAACUGAAAGAAUGGUUGUUUUUGUAAGGUCUUGCUCUGCCCCUUGCAGACUCUUCGUAGAAGGAAAGCUGUUAAUGAUCCCUUGAACAAAGACAUCAGUGGAAGGAGGGAGAUUUCUUCUAGUGCUGACAGAGCUUGCCUCCUUCUCAAGUACAACAGAUCUUAAGCAUAGAAGAGAAAAAAUCUGCAACAGAGAGGGAAUUAUUUUUAAUUUAGCUGUUUUCCAAUCAAAACUACUUUCAAAAAUCAGAAGAGAGCAGUAUAGAUCCAGAACUGCUUUAUGUGGGCCUGACAAAUAACAGUAGUGCUAAGAUAUAUUUGUAAAUUGCAAGUAAUGAAAUUCAGCCAGAAGUGGAUUAUUUAAACAUUACAUUUAGAAUAUUUUUUGUAUUAUUGCUGAUUUGUUCUAUAAAUUACCAACAAUGUAAAGGAUAAAAAAGGAGCCUCGAUGCAUAGCUCGAAAUCGUGCCUAGGAAGUAAACAGCUCCCAGUUCUUGGGACUUGCCUUAAACUUGUCCAGUCUUUGCUUUUGCUUUGCCAGUAGUACUGAUGAUCUGUCCCACCUCAAGCAGUUCAACGUGCUGAAGAAUCUUGUAUUAGUAAGUUUACUUACUACAGAAGUUGUACUUUCUUUUUCUGGUGACCUGCUUCUCCAUUUCUUUGUAAUUGUCUGUGGCAUCUUGAUUCCAGCUUCAUCAAGUUUUAUACCACUGGGUGGGUGAACUUACUAAGGGAUCCAUUUAUUAGAUAUGACCCUGCAAACAAAACUGUGCAAUAUUGUAUAAAACGCUCCCUUUGCUUGGGGGAGAUGGUAUGUAAUACUGGAGCAUUUCUAGGUGGGCACAUCCGAUGAAAUUGCAGCCAAAUGAACAAAACUGUGCGUCUCAUACGAAUGAGGGAAAAGUUGGAAGUUCCACAAGGAUCUUUGCAUAUUCAGUUGCACAUCUUAAAGACUGGGAGAAAAUGUAUCUGGCUUUGUCAUGAGGCUCUUAAUAUGUAUAUUGUUUAAUAAAAUAUCCUGAUGAAAAUCAGAAAAUAUCACUUAAAGCAAUUGAACCUGUGACUUAGCAAGUGUGUGCGUGUGUGAAAUCAAGUUUACUUGGCUUUUCAGACCCUUGUUACAUUGUAAUUUUUUAAUGUAAAAAAAAUAAAGUGAUGAAUUGAAGUCUUAAAGUUGA